AUGUCUACAAGUACCACUACUGAUCCCUCGGUGGAAGAUGUUGAAGGAUAUAAUACGGAAAUUCUUAUCGCUUACCUACAAAAUCAACGAAUUUUAAAUCUAACUGGACAACAUAUUAAUGUGCUCCGUGAAAAUGAAGUCGCUGGUUAUGACUUUCUAAGAUUGAAACAAGAAGAUUUGGAACGAUAUGGACUGAAAAACCAGGACCGGCAAAAAGAAUAUCAGACUUUACCAUUCAGAUGUGUUACAUUGAAGACCACUACAAAAGUCAAUGGUGACCCACUGACAGAUGUACUGCUUUUACUUUGGGAUGACUUUCUCAAGGAAGUGAACCAAUUCCACUUCAAUCAACAGCUGAGAUUCAAGAGACUGCAAUUUAGCAAAGAUAGAGUGAUGACUAAUGAAGAAGAUGCUUUGCUAAGUCUACAAUCUUAA